AUGACUAACGAUCCUGAAAAGUUCGAUUCGAUGCUUCUAGCAAUGGCACAACAACAUGAAGGAGGAGUGAAAGAUCUAUUAUCUACAAUAGUUGGAUUUUUGGCCCGGAAAACCGAUUUUUUCACAGGCGGGAAAGAUGGAGAGUGGGAGCAGGUUGUGAAAGACACUUUUUAUGUACAUGCAAAAAAAGCACGUGAAGAAGCAAAUAAAAUCAAAAAAGAAAAAGAGGAAGCUGAAAAAAGGUUAAAGGAUAUUCAACAGAGAAAAGAACAAGAAAGACUUGCACAGGAUUUUGAGCCAGCUAAAGUGACUGAAAUCACUGAUCAAGAGGCAGCUGAAAUGCAAGAAGACAUUGAAAGAGAUAAAAUUAAAACUGAAGUUGGAGGUGGUGAAGGUUCGGGCAGUGACAAGGAAAGUGAUAACAUACCAGAUGAAGAAGAGGACCCUAAGGAGAAGGGUAAACUUAAACCAAAUGCUGGAAAUGGAUGUGAUCUGGAGCACUACAGGUGGACGCAGACACUGGAAGAAGUUGAGUCU